UUGGCUGGCUGGGCGCCGCCCAGUCCCCGCCACAACAUGGCGGCCGCGCGCUGCCUGGGCUGGCCGCUGUCACCGCUAUGGAGGCUGUGGCAGGCUCGGGGGUUGCCACAAAAUUCGGCCGCGGGCUGGUGCUCGCGAGGGAGGCCUUACUCCCGCUCUGCCCUCUACGAGACGCUGGGCGUCCCCUCCACGGCCACGCAGGCGCAGAUCAAAGCGGCGUACUACCGGCAGAGCUUCCUCUACCAUCCUGAUGGCAAUCCCGGGAGCCCCGAGGCCGCCGAGCGCUUCACGCGCAUUGCCGAAGCUUAUCGAGUCCUGGGCAGCACCAUCCUCCGUCGCAAGUAUGACCGAGGUCUGCUCAGCGACCAGGACCUGCGCGGACCCGGUGUCAGGCCCUCUAGGGCACCCCCGGACGAUCCCCCUCCUCCUCCUCCUCCUCCCCAUGCCCCUCGGGCUCACUAUGGCUCUCGGGCCUUUCCCGGCGACCGUCGCACUAUGUUCGACUUUGACGCCUUCUACCAGGCGCACUAUGGAGAACAGCUAGAAAGAGAGCGGUGUCUGCGCGCCCUGAGGGAGGCCCUUCGCAAAAAGCAGGAGGACCAGGCCAACAAAGGGCUACGCUGGAAUGAUACCCGAGAUGCCACUUUCAUUGUCCUCUUUUUCCUCAUCUUCGUCUUCAUCGGCUUUCGUAUUUAAUCGGAGAAACGGAGGGAAGGGGAACCAGCCCAAGAAACUUGCCUUUCUUGACCUUUGAACUAUUGGUCUUGGAAUGAAUUGACUACCUCUGGUGGCGUUCCCUUGACUCCUAGCACCUUCCCAGCUUGGCUGGUGAUCAACACAGCCUUCUCCUAUGGUCCAGAAAAAAAAAAAAAGCUCUUCCAUGGCCAAGAAAGAGGUCCCAGGAGAAAGAUAACCGAAAACCAUGAAUGUACGUGCUUUCCAGAGCCGCCCCUGGGUGCCUGCUUGUUUCUAGAAGUUGUCUUCCACAUGUCAACUCCCAGAACAAGUGCUCUGGUUUUAUCCGGAAGCCCUUAGCAAGCCUUGUCUGGUCCCCUACCUCAUGUUUAUACCAUGGGGCAGCACUUCCUCUGUAACCCUUGAACCGUGCCAAUCUUUUUGUCCUCUGUCAAAAAGAUUAAUUCUUGGGGCUUGCCUGAAACUUGUCUUUCUGUGUUACCCCAAGCCACAGGUGAGACUUGAUCAACCAUCCCGCAGAUGCUGGGGAUGUAGCUCAGUGAGAGAAUAUGCUAGCAUGCAGCAGGCACUGGGUUUGGUUCCCAGCAUUGCUGUUGUCCUUUCCCCUCCAAGAAAAAAGUUAGUGAAAGAUUGCCAUUUUCUUAGGUCUGGUCCAUACUCUGUCACGUGGGAACAAGGAAGCAAAGCCCUUGUGUGAGAGGAACUGUUCCUGUUUUCAUACUUAUCUAGGGUGUGACCUUGGGGAAGGUGCCCUGUGGGUGUGAUAGCAGAAGAGUAAAUAAUUUGCUCUCCCAAGGUCUGUCACUAUUACGGUAAUUCUACUCACAGUAGUGAAGUAGGAUGAUACUACUUAGGCCAAGUUCUUGGGACAGUGUUCCUGUCCUUGGUCUGCCUUUUCCUAGCCACUUGCAUUGCUAACUGAGCAGUCUGCUGACUGUGACAAGACUUACCCUUGAGUGUGGCCCAUGCAUCUGCAGUGCUGAUCAGAGGUGCCACGAGUCAAAUCUUUCUAACAGGCUCUUGGAUUAUGUGAGUAAUUUUGGGUCCUGGAGUAGAAGCAGCAAGAAGCUCACUAAUUAAGAUGGAGUUGAAGUCCAGAUUGUAGUACAGGCCUCUAAUCCACAGAGGAAGCUGAGGCUGGAGGAUUGUGACCAGUUACAUAGCAAGGCUUGUCUUUAAUAAAGAUAAGACAGGCAUGCUGACUCACAUUUUUAAUCAGAGCUCCAUAGACUUGAGACUCUUAAUCUCAGGGUUGUGGGUUUGAGUCCCAUGUUGGGUGCCAUUUGUAGACAGAAUUUUCUGUCCUACCUGUUUCUGCAGUUGUUCAGUCCCAAAGAAACACACGGAGACUUUUUUUUUUUUUUUGCUUUUCGAGACAGGGUUUCUCUGUGGUUUUGGAACCUAUCCUGGAACUAGCUCUUGUAGACCAGGCUGGUCUCGAAUUCACAGAGAUCCGCCUGCCUCUGCCUCCCAAAGUGCUGGGAUUAAAGGCGUGCGCCACCACAGCCCGGCCCACACGGAGACAUAUUAAUUAUAAACUGUUUGGCCUAUUGCUCAGGCUUAUUACUAACUGGCUUUUACAACUUAAAUUAACCCAUAAUUCUUACCUAUGUUUAGCCAUGUGGCUUGGUACCUUAUCUCAGUAAGGCAUCUUGCUUCCUCUGCAUCUGGCUGGUGACUUGACUCUCUGUCUUUCCUCUUCCCAGAAUUCUCUUAGUCUGGUCACCCUACCUAUACUUCCUGUGUAACUACUGACCAAUAAGUGUUUUAUUAAACUAAUACAAGUGACUAAUCUUUACAGUGUUACAAGAGCAUUAUCCCACAGCAUAAGACCCUGUCUCAAGAAAAAAAAAAAAGUUGAAAAAUAGGUUCCUUAUAUGCUGCUGACCAAGGAUUAUAAUGAGUUUUUUUUGGGGGGGGGGAGACUUGUUAUUUAGAUUUGGAAAAAUUUUUGUUGUUUUGCUUUGUUUUUUGAGGUAGUCUCUAGUAACCCAGGCUGAUCAUGAACUCUCUUUGUGCCUGAUCAUGAACUCUUUUUUUUUUUUUGAUUUUUCGAGACAGGGUUUCUCUGUGACUUUGGAGCCUGUACUGGAACUAGCUCUGUAGACCAGGCUGUUCUCAAACUCACAGAGAUCCACCUGCCUCUGCCUCCUGAGUGCUGGGAUUAAAGGCGUGAGCCACCACUGCCCGGCCUGAUCAUGAACUCUUGACCUUUUGUUUUUGAUACAGGGUUUUCCUGUGUAAGCCUAGCUGUCCUGGGACUCACUCUGCUCUGCUGACCAGGCUGGCCUCAAACUCAGAGACAGCUGCCUGCUUCUGCCUCCCUGAGUGCUGGGAUUAAAGGCGUGUACCACCACACCCAGCUUUCUGCCUCCAUCUGAGUGCUGGCACACUCAGAAGUACAGAAGUACACAGGGUCCUGUAUCUUGAACCUGUGUGCUUCCUGGGAGGUCACCAGACCCCACGAAGGGAGAGAAGGAACAGCUGACAAGUCACGGGGCUCUCCCGGCCAUUGUCGGUGGGGAGGAUGGAGAAAAGUGGGAAGUGGCUCAGCCGGCAGAGUGUGUGCCCUGACUUCCGCCUGCAGCACGACUGGCACCGAGCAUGGUGGUCCCUGUCAUCACAGCACUCGGCGAAGCAAGAGGAUCCGAAGCUCAGUGUCAUCCUAAGACAGAGAAUUUAAGGCUAGCCUAGGCUACAUAAGCCCUGUCUCAAAAUAAAUAAAGGAUAUUUACUUAAUCUCA